AUGAAUUUCAAAUUCAGCUGGGUUUCACUUCUGAAAAUCGUUCUGCUCGUGGGGCUGAUUGGGGCUAUCGCGACAGCUUGUUUUACUCUCCCGAUUGAAAAGAUAUUGAAGGACUUCUUAGUAUGGAUAGAGCAAGAUCUUGGUCCCUGGGGUCCUAUAGUACUAGCUGUUGCAUACAUUCCUUUAACAGUGCUGGCAGUUCCAGCAUCAAUACUAACUCUCGGUGGCGGUUAUCUCUUUGGCUUGCCUGUGGGGCUUGUUGCUGAUUCUAUUGGUGCAACAAUAGGUGCUGGCGCUGCAUUUCUUCUUGGACGAACGAUAGGGAGGUCAUAUGUUAUUUCCAAGUUACGGGACUAUCCCAAGUUCCGUGCAGUUGCUAUUGCGACUCACAGAUCGGGAUUCAAGAUUGUCUUGUUGCUCAGGCUGGUUCCUUUACUUCCCUUUAACAUGUUGAACUAUCUCUUGUCUGUCACAUCCGUGCCUAUAACUCAGUAUAUGCUGGCUUCAUGGUUGGGCAUGUUGCCCAUCACAUUUGCGCUGGUCUAUGUUGGAACAACUCUGAAAGAUCUAUCAGAUGUUACACAUGGAUGGCACGAUUUUUCAAAAACCCGCUGGGCAUUUAUUGUGUUGGGCCUUGUGGUGUCUGCUAUGUUAUUAUUUAGUGUUAUGAGAGUUGCAAAGGCUGCUUUAGAGAAGGCAUUGGCAGAAAACGAGGGCUUGGAUGUGGACGGGAAUAUCUUUUCACCACAGCUACCUGUUACGGCUAUCCCUGCCGUCAAUCUCAACGAGCCACUUAUAAUUCAGAUUGAUACCAAUCAAGACAAUCACGGAAAAUAG